ACCCAGCAGGAGGAAGCUUGAGGUCUGCUAUGGAAACUGGGCACCCAGCCUUCAGGCUGGGCUCUCAACAACCCUCCACAGCCCCUUUGGGUUGGGAGAAGGAGCUUUUUCCUCUCAAACCCUAGCGCCCCUACUUGUGGAUGGACAGGGCGGCGCGGCACGGCAUGGACAUGGGGGCGCGCUGGUGCAGUAGGGAAUUCUGGCCAGGUUUGAACCCUGCUCCGACGGAGCCACUGUGGGACACAGGGCCGGCGAAUUCGCCUCUCUAGGCCUGUUUUCUUGCCGGUAAAAUGGGGUUAAUAAUAGCGUCUGCUUCUUAAGGUUGUUUUGAGCCCGAGGGCACGCGGGGUAAGCCCGGGGCGGCCGCGGGUGGGAGAUUGGGGCUCCGGGGCAUGGCCUCCCCUCCGGGCCCCGCCCCUGGCCCGCUUCCUCUUCCCAGGCGCCGGCGGCUGAUAUCCGGCCCAGCCCUCCCGCCGCCCGCGGCCCUCCGCCGGCAGCCCCCUGCCGCUGCGCCAUGUCCACCGGCUGGUUCCGGCGCCGCUUCCUGCCGGGAGGUCCGCUGCCCACGCCGCGGCCUCCGGGGCCCCACGCCAGCCCCGUGCCCUAUCGGCGGCCCCGCUUCCUGCGCGGCUCGGGCUUGGGCCCAGGCGCUGCCGAUGCUUCUCGCCGCCCGCGCGCCCGUCCGGUGCACAGCCCAGCGCGGGGCCUCACGCUGCCCUGGAACGCGGGCUAUGCCGAGAUCAUCAACGCAGAGAAAUCUGAGUUCAAUGAGGACCAGGCCGCCUGUGGGAAGCUGUGCAUCCGGCGACGUGAGUUUGGGGUUGAAGAGGACCAGGAGUGGCUGACCCUGUACCCAGAGGAGUUCCUGACUGGUCAUUACUGGGCACUGUUUGAUGGGCACGGUGGCCCCGCGGCAGCCAUCCUGGCUGCCAACACCCUGCACUCCUGCCUGCGCCGACAACUGGAGGCUGUAGUGGAGGCUGUGGUAGCUGCUCAGCCCCCCAUGCACCUCAGCGGCCGCUGUGUCUGCCCCAGUGACCCCCAGUUUGUGGAGGAAAAGGGCAUCAGGGCGGAAGAUGUGGUGAUUGGCGCUCUGGAGAGCGCCUUCCAAGAAUGUGAUGAGGUGAUCGGGCGGGAGCUGGAGGCCUCAGGCCAGGCAGGCGGCUGCACAGCCCUGGUGGCUGUGUCCCUGCAGGGAAAGCUAUAUGUGGCCAAUGCAGGGGAUAGCAGGGCCAUCUUGGUACGGAGAGAGGAGGUACGGCCUCUGAGCACUGAGUUCACUCCACAGACGGAGCGGCAGCGGAUCCAGCAGUUGGCCUUUGUCUACCCUGAGCUUCUGGCUGGUGAGUUCACCCGACUGGAGUUUCCUCGGCGGCUGAAAGGGGAUGACUUAGGGCAGAAAGUUUUGUUCAGGGAUCACCACAUGAGUGGCUGGAGCUACAAGUACGUAGAGAAGUCGGAUCUCAAGUACCCACUGAUCCACGGACAGGGUAGGCAGGCUCGGUUGCUGGGAACACUGUCCGUCUCCCGGGGCCUGGGAGACCAUCAGCUCAGAGUUGUGGACACGAACAUUCACCUCAAGCCCUUCUUGCUCACUAUCCCACAGGUAACUGUGCUGGAGGUGGACCAGCUGGAGCUGCAAGAGGAGGAUGUGGUUGUCAUGGCGACUGAUGGACUCUGGGACGUCCUGUCAAAUGAGCAGGUGGCACGGCUGGUGCGGAGCUUUCUCCUUGGCAAUCGAGAGGACCCACACAGGUUCUUGGAGCUGGCCAAAAUGCUGAUACACAGUACACAGAGUAUGGAGGGCAGCCCCAUGGGAGAAGGGGAAAUGUCCUACGACGACAUCUCUGUGUUCGUGAUUCCCUUGCACGGCCAGGGCCAAGGGCCCAGUGGCCACUGAGGAUUUGGACAGGAUACCACAUCCCAGAACCACUCCAGGGCUGGGUGCAGUAUGGACUUCCCUCCACUACGGCCAAGAGCAGGCCCUGCCUGCCUUGUCCCCAGACACCGCCCAGUACUCUUGUCCACCACCCCAACUCACACCCAUUUCAAGGGCAGCAUUUAUACCAGGCAAAGCUGGAAGAGUACAGAGAGCUCAGCUCACAAGGUGCCAAGAGCUUAGUAAAACCAAGCUGAUUCAUAGUUUGGACUAAUAGCUGAUGUUUAGAAUAUCCUCAAGGCACCAUGCCAAAAAUACUGCUUGAGAGGGCCAAGUGUGGAAGAAAUUUUUUAUUAAAAAAAAAAAAAAAAGGCAAGAUUCUUCUGUGCCUAAUGAGCCAA